UUCAUGAGAGCAAACUCUCUUUCCCAUCUCUCCUUCAUCUCUCCAUUCUCUCUUCUCCUCCGAUUCCGGCGAGCUCCGGCGGCGGUGAAGUCAUCGUCUCCAUCCAUCCUCUGAAGGUACUUUACCUUCCCAUCCUCUUUCUUUCUUCUUGGCUUGUAUAUCUUUGAGCCGAUCCACGCUCCGACGGGAACCAUCUUGGGAGAUGUGCUGAGCGUUGAUGAGGAACACUGGCUCGAGCUUCACUGAUCCGUGCUGGAUUUUUUCUCAGAUCGGAUUGGUUUUUGUCUGUGAUUUUUGAUCUUUGUGUUGUGGCGGUGGAGUGAGCUUGGACGUGGACGCAUGCCGAUCCGGUGGUAGAGGAGCUCGUUGAGAUUGGAUUUUGGAUCUUGUUUUGCAGGAGCGGCGGUAUGGGUACUGUGGAUUGGGUUUGGGAGCGCCGCAUAGGUUCUUUGAGGUUUUGCUGAGACACUGAUGACUUUGAAAUUGAGGCAUAAACCGGCAAACUCUAAUAUGAUAGCCUGUACCUGGAAGGCUGAAGGUUUUGUGGCUGGCCUGAAAUGUGCUUUUUUGGUAUAUUCUGAUUAUUUGGGAAGAUUUUUACAUACAGUCAGUUUCUACUGAAGCCAUUCUUCUUCAGCUAAAAUUCAUCUGUUGUUUUCAAAUAUAUAUGGGCUGAUUCCAUCCUUUCAUGGGAGGUGUAGACGUUGAUGAACCACCCUCAAAACGUGUGAAAGUGUCCUCAUUAGAAUUGGGGAGUCUUUCAAAUACUCUGUCUCCUUUAGAGCCCACAGGUCCUUUGGGUGGUCUAAUGGCCAGGCAUUUGCCAUCCCAAGGGAAUGAAGAUAUGGUUGGCUCUAAAGGACUCAUUAAAAGGGUGGAAUUUGUAAGGAUCAUCACCAAGGCUCUUUAUUCUCUUGGUUAUGAGGGAACUGGAGCACUCUUGGAAGAAGAAUCUGGAAUACAUAUGCAUUCAGCUGCUGUAAAACUGUUCAGAAAACAAGUACUUGAUGGAAACUGGGAUGGAAGUGUGGCUGCUUUGCAAAAGAUAGGUCUUUCAGAUGACAAUAUUUUGAGAUCUGCCUCUUUUAAGAUUUUGGAGCGGAAGUUCUUAGAACUUGUUGAGAAGGAUAAGGUCAUGGAUGCCAUAAAUACGUUGAGAUAUGAGAUUGCCCCUCUUAACAUUGACAAAAAGCGGAUGCAUGAACUUUGCAGUUGUAUGAUUUCUCCCUCUCAGCAUGGUUUGUUAGGGUUCGACAAUCUGAGUGGCGAGGCUACAAAUUCAAGAUGGGAGCUUCUGCAGGAACUGCAAAAAUUACUCCCCCCUAGUGUUAUGAUUCCUGAGAGGAGGCUGGAGCAUUUGGUUGAGCAGGCACUCAAUGUACAACGAAAUGCUUGUUAUCUCCACAAUGCUUUGGAUAGUUCAUUGUCAUUGUUUGUUGAUCAUCACUGUGGGAAAGACCAAAUACCUUCUCGAACAGCGCAGGUAUUGCAGGCGCACAAUGAUGAAGUGUGGUUCAUACAAUUCUCAAAUAAUGGUAGAUUUCUUGCAUCAUCAUCAAUUGACAAAACUGCAAUUAUAUGGGAGGUUCAUGAAGAUGGGGGAGUCUUGUUGAAGCAUACACUAAAUGGUCAUGAUAGACCUGUUACAAUGGUUGCAUGGAGCCCUGAUGACAAGCAGCUUCUCACAUGUGGACUGGAAGAAAAUGUUCGGCGAUGGGAUGUCCACACCGGAAAUUGUCUCCAUAUCUAUGGCAAAAGUGGACUUGGCCUAAUUUCCUGUGGUUGGUUUCCAGAUGGAGAACACUUUUUUACAGGAGUAUCAGACAAGACCAUUUGUAUGUGGGAUUUGGAUGGGAAAGAAAUCGAAUGUUGGAAAGGGCAGAGAACAACUAAGACCUCUGAUAUGGCUGUAACAAAGGAUGGCAAACGGAUCAUAAUAUUGUGUAGAGAAACUGGUAUUUUGUUGCUUGAUAAGGAAACCAAACUUGAGCAACUGAUUGAAGAGGAUCAAAUAAUUACUUCGUUCUCAUUAUCAAAAGAUGAUAAAUACUUGUUAGUAAAUCUAAUAAAUCAAGAGAUACAUUUGUGGAGCAUACUGGAGGAUCCGGAACUAAUCAUCAAGUACAGAGGUCAUAAGCGCAGCCGGUUUUUGGUAACCUCUUGCUUUGGUGGGUUUGAACAAGCUUUCAUUGCCAGUGGAAGUGAAGAUUCACAGGUAUACAUUUGGCAUCGGAACACUGGGGACCUGAUCUGGGCUUUACCAGGGCAUUCUGGUGCCGUAAACUGUGUCAGCUGGAACCCGACAAACCCACACAUGUUAGCAUCAGCCAGUGAUGAUCGUACCAUUCGCAUAUGGGGAGUAAACCAAGUUAACCUGAAGUGCAAAGAGGUGCAUAGCAAUGGUAGCAAUGGAAUCUCUCACCAUUGCAACGGUAACAUAAAAUGGUAAAGAACAUGGGCAUCAGUUAUGCCCUAAAACUUCCUUGCGCUAUGCCCUUACCUUUUACUCUUGUAAAUUUGUCUUUUUUUUCAUCUUCAUUGCGUAUCGGUGCUUAUAGUGGACAUUCUGGUGAACGAUACAAAGGUUGCUAUUUGCCCCAUAAAAUCCAUGUGCUGUGCCUAU